CGCUUGUCGACUUCAUAAGUUGAGGACCGUAGCUAAAAGUUUGGACCCUGGGAACUUCGCUCUGUGGCUCUUCGGAUUCCUCUUCGACUGCGCUGCCAAAGCUCUCGACUCGGCGACCAAAAUGCGUUCUACUUCCGCAGCAAUUGUUGUGCUGGCCAGCACUGCGUCAGCGCAACUGUACCCUGGUCAGAGUCCCUACAACCACACCUGCGAGCUUCAGAACCCAUUGCUUUCGUGCCCGCCGCAAGAUCCAUUGCUCGUGGAUUCCUGCUGUGUUGAGACCUUUGGUGGUCUCGUGCUUUCUACUCAAUUCUGGAGCACGUACACGGGCGGCGAGAGUGCCGGCCAGCUUCUGCCUCAAGACACCUGGACGCUCCACGGUCUGUGGCCAGAUUUCUGCAACGGUUCAUACACUCAAUACUGCGAUCUUACUCGCCAGUACGAUCCGAUCCCAUCGCCCAACACUACUACCGGAAAGCCUGACGGUGUACCUGUCCCCGCUUACAAUGGCUCCAACAUCGGAACCUUCCUCGAGCCAUUCGGAAAGUACGAUCUGCUUGAUUACAUGGACAACUACUGGAUCGCGCAGAACCAGGACAACCCGGGAUUCUGGGGCCACGAAUUCUCGAAGCACGCCACUUGUUUCUCGACUUUCAAUGUGCCGUGCUACGGUCCGCAGUACCGCAAGCACGAGGAAGUAGUCGACUUUUUCGAGACGGCCAUCCGAUACUACAAGCGCUUCCCUACCUUCGACUGGUUGGAGGAGGCCGAUAUCACGCCCUCCAACUGCACAACCUACUCAUACGAGGAAAUCCGUGAUCCUCUUGUCAAGCAACAUGGUGGACUGCCGUUCAUUGGUUGCACUGGCCCUCGCUACAAUACGACCGAGGCAGGCAAGAAUAGCACGGAUAACGGAUACACUGUGCUCUCUGAGGUGUGGUACUACGAAUACGUCUACGGUCGACCUCAAGAAAUGAACACGGUCCCUGUAAACGCAUCGGCGACCUACUACACGAACUGCGCAAAGAGCGAGGGAGCUAUUCACUACCCCGAGCGAACCAAUGGGUCCGUGAGAGUUCCCACCCUCCCAUACUAGACGUACAUAGAUGACAUAAUGGCUAUAAUGUUGAA